AUGGCUAGAGAGUGGGACAACAUGGAUUUGGUACCGGAUUUUGACAAAUACGGGCUUUACUACGACAACUUUACCGUGGCAUAUCGAUGGUUUGCAGUAUUCAGUCUGGUGCUUAAAAUCUAUUAUGUACUACGUAUUAGCACUUUGUCUACAUUACACUUGAACUUUAGAAUUACUGUAGUAAGUGCGGCCGGUAAAUAGUUUUUGACAUGCCAUUUACGUCAUUAAUGUUAUUGUUUGUACAUAGCAUGUCCCAGGGUACUUACCAAAGUACGUGUAUGUAAAAUAUUCUGCCUUGUUUUUGCCCUGCUUUUGCCCUGCCUUUGCCUUGCCUUUGGCCUGCCUUUACUCUGCCUUUGCCCUGCUUUUGCCCUGCCUUUGCCCUGUUUUACUUUAACUUACCUCACCUUACCUUACCCUACAUAUAUAUUAUCAUUUACAGUGCAACACAGUAAUAUCGAUGGAACUAAUGCACAUUACCCUACUGUUAGGUCACUACUACAACGACAUUACUAUUAACAAUCAAAACCGAUAUGUCACAAAUAUUGGUUGUGUUGUAAUAGGUAUUGUCAACAACAUCGCUGUGAUAGAUGCUGCUGUUUCAAUGUUAAUGUUGGCUGUGGAGCGUCAACUGGCUUACAAUUGGGUAGAUAUAUAUGAAACUAAAGCAAAAACAUUUGCUUUUACUUUGAUAUUUAUUAUGGUAAGUUAUAUAUAUGUAAUAUUAUAAUACCAGAGUAUGCUGAUAGUAUAUUUUGCUCAUUACUUACUAUAUUUAUUAUAUUUACCUAGCUUUUUAUAAAUGCAGUAAGAUAAUGCAAUUUCAAUUUCAGUUAGGUGUAAGCAUUACGGUAGGCAUCGUAUCAUGGUACUUCUUCUUGAUAUAUCUAGACGAUUUCGAUCUAAAUACGUCAAGAAUGAGCUGUAUCCCCAUUCAUGUCAAUUGGGAAUAUGAAGUGGCUGGGUUUGCUUUGUCUUCUAAUUCUUGUUUGAUUGGCGCGGCGGUAAGUUUUUUUAUAAACUUAAAAACUUAUAAAAAUUUCAAAUUUUUUUUUGUUUUUUAAAUGAAGCUUAGUUGAGGUACAGUUCGACAUAGUAAAGGGAAAAGCAAGCCAAGGUAAGAUAUGGAAGAAUAGAGUAGUUUAAUAUAGACCAUUCAUAAAAGGUGCAUGCUUUAGGGCCGGGAAUAAAGCGGGUGCUAGAGUCGGGGUUAAGACAGGGGUUAGGGUCGGGAUUAGAACCGGAACUGAGUCCGAAGCUAGAGCUAGAGCUAGAGCUAGAGCUAGAGCUAGAGCUAGAGCUAGAGCUAGAGUUAGAGCUAGAGCUAGAGCUAGAGCUAGAACUGGAGCUAGAGCUAGAGUUAGAGUUAGAGCUAAGGCUAGAGUUAGAGCUAGAGCUAGAGCUAGAGCUAGAGCUAGAGCUAGAGCUAGAACUAGAGCUAGAGCUAGAGCUAGAGCUAGAGCUAGAGCUAGAGCUAGAGCUAGAGCUAGAGCUAGAGCUAGAGCUAGAGCUAGAGCUAGAGCUAGAGCUAGAGUUAGAGCUAGAGCUAGAGCUAGAACUGGAGCUAGAGCUAGAGUUAGAGUUAGAGCUAGAGCUAGAGUUAGAGCUAGAGCUAGAGCUAGAGCUAGAGCUAGAGCUAGAACUAGAGCUAGAGCUAGAGCUAGAGCUAGAGCUAGAGCUAGAGCUAGAGCUAGAGCUAGAGCUAGAGCUAGAGCUAGAGCUAGAGCUAGAGCUAGAGCUAGAGCUAGAGCUAGAGCUAGAGCUAGAGCUAGGGCUAGAGCUAGAACUAGAGCUAGAGCUAGAGCUAGAGUUAGAGCUAGAGCUAGAGCUAGAGCUAGAGCUAGGGCUAGAGCUACAACUAGAGCUAGAACUAGAGCUAGAGCUAGAGCUAGAGCUAGAACUAGAGCUAGAGCUAGAGCUAGAGCUAGAGCUAGAGCUAGAGCUAGAGCUAGAGCUAGAGCUAGAGCUAGAGCUAGAGCUAGAGCUAGAGCUAGAGCUAGAGCUAGAGCUAGAGUUAGAGCUAGAGCUAGAGCUAGAGCUAGAACUGGAGCUAGAGCUAGAGUUAGAGUUAGAGCUAGAGCUAGAGUUAGAGCUAGAGCUAGAGCUAGAACUGGAGCUAGAGCUAGAGUUAGAGUUAGAGCUAGAGCUAGAGUUAGAGCUAGAGCUAGAGCUAGAGCUAGAGCUAGAGCUAGAGCUAGAACUAGAACUAGAGAUUUCAACGCUUUUAAUAAUACAUUUUAAAAUUGAGUUUGACAUUUUUUCAAAAACCAAUUUGUUAAAAUUUCCAGUGGUUCGCGGCCCUUCGAAAGCAGACCAAGCACGGCCUGAUGAAUCGAUUAAGCUUAACAAGCUUAAGUGCUCGUUUUCAAGCUACCGAGAACUCUCAUACUACUGCUUCGAUAUUCCCAUCGAUGGCUACCUUUGUCGUCGCUGCUUGGAUGGGAUUGGCGGCUGGAAUCGUCCGUGGUAUUUUGGCACAAAAGUACGGUGAUCAUACUGUAUACUCACGGUUUCUGGGCGAUGUAAGUUUGUAUUUGUGUAGUUAUAUCUACUGUAACAUAGAUGACCACAAAGCCAUACGAUGUGCAUAUUUUAAAGUAUCUUUGACAUGUUGCUACAUUUGUCACGCAUUGUCUUAAAGUACAAAUAGUUGAUUAAAUUUUUGUGAAAUUAAACAAAAAUUAAAGUUUAAUGUCGCGAAAUGUCAUCACGAUAACCUGUAACACUUAUUUUUACUUUACCAGUUACAUACCUUAACAGCUUACCAUUAUUGAUCUUAUACUUUUAUCAUAAGUACAAGUUUUACAAUAUAACUGUUUUAUCCCUAGUGUCCUAGUGCCCGUAUUUUACCAAAAAGUGUUAAAAAAUUUCAGAUUGGCUUCUUAAUAGUGGACAUCUAUUCCCUGUGCCAUUUGUUAUGCAUAUUAUGCUACAACCCAGCUGUUAAAGCGGCUUUUCAACGAGAUUUGAAUCGUAUUUUAUGCUGGCAAAUACCACGAACGCCAAACAAGUUAGACGAUAUUAACACUGCCGAGGUCUACUUUGAGCAACUCAAAAAUGCUUGGAAUAAGUGA